CAAGUUCGGCGCGUACGGCUUGGAGGUGAAUGAUCUUUUCCUCGGGAGAAGCCUCUUGGACACGUUUCCGCGUCUAUACGAUUCUCUGUCAGCUAAUUGAAGUACGACACAGAUGUACAUAGACCGUGUACCUCUUGCCUCUGCCGAUCCUCUUUCAGUCCAGCUCCAGUUAUGGACCCUACGAUGACGAUGGAAGCAACCGCGCCAGUCAGGACCCAUCUACGAACAACUUGCUGAGUGACCAUUCUGAGCGGCGUCAAGGGAAGAUGAAUCAAGUCAACUGGAGCAGAAGGUCAAUGGCUCGCGAUGCACGUAGUAGAAAUAUGAUGGGCAAGUGAUGAAUGAGCAGCCGUUGGAGAGAAAAAGGCGGAUGGAAAGCGCGGACCUCCGUUGCCAAGCUGCUCCCGCAACGCGUGCUUCCUCCCCCACUUUCCUCUUCAACCUGUGCGCAACAAACAAACAAACAUCCAACUAUACCUUCCAUCUUGACCAUCACCUCCCGAUCCAAUUCAUAUUCUCCUGCGAUCCCGAUAUUCUCCUUGAUUUCGCCCGUCGUACCCAGAAAUAGAGACACAAUGUCCAAUCUUCCCCGUUCACAUUCCUCCGCAGGCGCAUCCUCACGCCUCUCCACCGUUCCAUCGCAGAAGCCCCGCCAGAUUUCACACCUUCAAGCGCAGCUUGCACAGUUGACAGCGAAUAUGGCAGAUCUCGAGCAGGUAGUGCGAAUGGCGGCGGACCAGGCGCGAGAUAUGCGGGGCCUGGGUGGUUAUGCGGGAGCCAUGUACGAUGCCCAAUGA